AUGAAAAAUCCAAAAAAAUAUCGAACGUGCAUCAUCCGCAUGCGUGUGGCUUAUUGGCAUUGAGGAAGGACAAGGCCUGAAGGGGAAAAGAGGCGAAGCUAAGGAUUUUGAUCAAGGAAAUACUCAGAAGUCAUGACUCUUAAAGUUGGAAUUAAUGGAUUUGGGCGUAUUGGCCGCCUUGUACUGAGAGCAGCUUUAGAUAAAGGGCUUGAUGUUGUAGCAGUCAAUGACCCUUUCAUCGACCUUGAGUAUAUGGUAUACAUGUUCCGUUAUGAUUCAACACAUGGAGUAUUUGAGGGUGAAAUCAAAACUGAAGGUGGAAAACUAGUGAUCAAUGGAAAGGCUAUGUCUGUAUAUGCAGAGAGAGAUCCAGCUAAUAUUCCUUGGUCCAAAGAUCAAGCUGAGUACAUUGUAGAUUCCACUGGGUGCUUCACAACUCUGGACAAAGCAGGGGCCCAUAUGAAAGGAGGUGCCAAGAAAGUCAUAAUCUCCGCCCCCUCAGCUGAUGCCCCAAUGUUUGUUUGUGGCGUCAAUGAAGAAAAAUACACCAAGGAUUUGAAAAUUGUCAGCAAUGCAUCCUGUACUACAAAUUGCCUCGCUCCCCUGGCAAAAGUCAUCCAUGAGAAAUUUGGAAUUGUUGAGGGUCUGAUGACAACAGUACAUGCCUACACAGCCACACAGAAGGUGGUGGAUGGGCCCAGCAACAAAGACUGGCGCGGUGGGCGUGGCGCUGCCCAAAAUAUCAUUCCUUCCUCCACUGGAGCAGCUAAAGCUGUAGGAAAGGUCAUACCCGAUCUGAAUGGAAAACUAACUGGAAUGGCCUUCCGUGUACCCGUUCCUGAUGUUUCAGUGGUAGACUUAACCUGCAGGCUCAAUAAGGGGGCUUCAUACAAUGACAUCAAAGCAGCUUUAAAAGCAGCUUCAGAAAAUGAACUGAAAGGAAUUUUGGGCUACACUGAGGAUGAUGUAGUAUCCCAGGACUUCCGUGGGGACAAGAGGAGCAGCAUAGUUGAUGCCAAGGCUGGAAUCGCUCUCAAUGACAACUUUGUUAAGCUUGUUUCAUGGUACGACAAUGAGUUUGGGUACAGCUACAGGGUAGUGGAUCUUAUCAAGCACAUGUAUGCAGUAGACAGCAAAUAGAAUGGACAAAGACUCGUACUCCUUUUUAUAGUGUCAUUGUUUUGGGAUUCUUGUUGUGAUUAUGUUAUGCUUUAUCUUAUUUAAUACUAGAAAUAGAGUAUAUGAAUUGAAAUUAAUCUUUAUUGAACAUUGGUGCAUAAUCUAAAAUGAAUCUUCCUGUUAGUGCUUUGAGGUCAGACAAAAUACUGUCAAGCUUACUUAUCAUGAUGCUAUGUUCAAUUUUUGUUUUAUUUCCUGGAUAUUUUUUUUUAGACUAGCUGAACUCUUUCAGUAUUUGUUAAAUUAUAUUACUGCAUUUCACAAAAUAAAAUUUUCAUCGUGGAUACUAAA